AAUUUGCUUCCGCUUCCGGUCUGCUCAAGGCGCUGGCGUGAAGCGCUUUGCAUUGUGGGACCUCCUUCCUUUCUUGCUCCCCAGCCAUCUUGGUCACUGCUUUUGGUUGGGGACCAUCCCACACCUACGGCAGGAAGAUGGUGGCCGCAAAGAAGACGAAAAAAUCUCUGGAGUCCAUCAAUUCUAGGCUCCAACUUGUUAUGAAAAGUGGAAAGUACGUGCUGGGGUACAAGCAGACACUGAAGAUGAUCAGACAGGGGAAAGCGAAAUUGGUCAUCCUCGCCAACAACUGCCCAGCUUUGAGGAAAUCUGAAAUAGAGUAUUAUGCCAUGUUGGCCAAAACUGGUGUCCAUCACUACAGUGGCAAUAAUAUUGAACUGGGCACAGCGUGUGGAAAAUACUACAGAGUAUGUACACUGGCGAUCAUUGAUCCAGGUGAUUCUGAUAUCAUUAGAAGCAUGCCAGAACAGACCGGUGAAAAAUAAACCGUGAAAAUUUUUCAUUAAUAAAACUUGCCAGAGCUUGUUUUAAAA